AUGCCACCGAGAAAGAAAGCAUCGAAGGCUCAACCUGCACUUCCGCCAUUACAUGGCUGCGUUGUUGCCAUUAGUGGCACAAUUCGCGGCCGACCUCACGCUGCCAUCGAACGAGAUUUGAUCGUGGCUCUCGGCGCGACUCUAGACAAGUCUAUCACGGACGCAACCACACAUCUUGUUGCCACUGAGACAGACUACAACAAGCCAUCCACUAAGGUUGUCACCGCAAAGUCAAACAAAAUCCCCAUUGUCACCAUUGGAUGGCUUGAGGAUUCACUUGAGAAAAUGACUCGCAUGGAUGAGAAUGCAUACGCUUUCGUCUCUGCUCAACCUCAAUCUCCCCAACCUCAACCUUCUCCUGAACCUUCUCCUGAACCUUCUCCUGAACCUUCUCAACCUCAGCCCCCACUACCCAAUCGGUCUCGAAAGCGGACAGCAACCCAAAAAUCCGUGGAUAAUGAUGACAAAAAUGAUAGCCAGGCCAAGCCGCAAUCUAGAAAGAAGACUAAAACAAUCAAGACAGAAGCUAAUGAUGAAGAAGCCAAAGAAGACGAGGAGAGCAAGAAACCUAAGAAACCAAAAGUUGCCGACGGCCAGAUUGCAAAGUCUCUUGAUGUCCGGAUUCCAGUUGAUGAAGGCGUCGAGCGCCAGUCAGCGGGUUAUGAAGUCUACAUCGCCAAGGACGGUGUCAUCUACGAUGCCUCUCUCAACCAGACCAAUGCUACUGCCAAUAAUAAUAAGUUCUAUCGACUCCAGUUGCUUUGCAAUGUCAAAGGCGAUUUCCGUGUUUGGACUCGAUGGGGUCGGGUAGGAGAGAACGGUCAAUUUAAACUUGUUGGCGACGGCUCACUAUCUAAUGCCCUUGUCCAAUUUGACUCCAAAUUCAAGUCAAAGAGUGGACUUACAUGGGAAAACCGUGCAUCUCCUCCCCUUCCCGGCAAGUAUGCGUACCUUGAAAGAAGUUAUGAACCGGACGAUGAUAGUGAUGGUGAUAAUGGUAAUGAUGGCGAUGAUGAUGCAAAGGCCGCUGUCGUCAAAGAAGAAGAGCCCGAGUCAAAACUAUCCAAACCAGUUCAGGAGUUGAUGGAGCUUAUAUUUAACCAAAAGUUCUUUGCUGCGACGAUGGCCGAUUUGAACUACGAUGCCAAUAAGCUCCCUCUAGGUAAACUCAGCCAGACAACUAUCCUCCGAGGUUUUCAGGCACUAAAGGAUCUAUCCGCCCUCCUCGACGAUCCAUCCUUAGCGAUGUCCAAGUAUCAAAGAGAUUUCGUCACAGCAACGGAACAGUUAUCGAAUCUCUACUUGACCUUGAUUCCUCAUGCGUAUGGAAGAAAUAAGCCACCCGUCAUUCGCAGUCAGGAUAUGCUCAAGAAAGAAAUAGAACUUCUUGAAAGCUUGAGUGACAUGAAGGACGCAUUGUCGUCUGUAAAGGAGAAGGAGAAGGAGAAAGAAAAGAUCAAUCUUAUGGAUCGACAAUUCCAGGGCCUGGGGCUUGAAGAGAUGACCCCACUUGACAAGGAGAGCAACGAGUUCACACAGCUACAGGAUUAUCUGGUAGAAACCCGGGGCGCCACUCACAGUGCCAAUUACCAAGUCGAGCAGAUUUUCAGGAUUGAGCGGCAAGUGUUCGGAAAGGGUAUCUAUUUAGCGGAUAUGUCCAGCAAGUCUGCCAACUACUGUUGUUCUUAUAUCAGUAACGGGCACGCUCUCCUUCUUCUCUGCGAAGCCGAACUUGGAGACCCGAUUCAAGAGCUCACCAACGCUUGCUCUACAGCAGCGGAAGAGGCAAAGAAAAAGGGAAUGCUAUCAACCAAGGGACAGGGAACCACAGGACCCCCUGUGUGGAAAGAUGCCGAAUGCGUCAACCCAUCAUUAAAAGGCAUCAAAAUCCCUGAUACUAGCUUCAAGCCCACCAACACCGGCAUCGGCAACUGUGGCCUUUUCUACAAUGAGUAUAUUUGCUACGAUGUUUCCCAAGUCUGUCUGCGAUACUUGUUACGGGUUCGACUGUAG